AUGGAAGCCUCCUUCUCCUGGGAAACAGAUCGGAGUGUCCGUGUCCGGCCCAGACCGUAUCCGGGCACACCAGUCGUCAUACUCAUCCUGGGCAUGGGAUCUACGCGAUCAGAAUGGAAUCCUGUUCGCCGCCGUCUUGCACGCACCACCCGUCUCGUCAGCUACGAUCGCUGCGGCCUGGGCAUAUCGGAUCCGUCGCCAGACGCACGAACCGCUGCCAAUAUGGCGCGCGAGCUGAAGGACGUGCUCGGCAGCGUCAACAUCAGCCCGCCGUACGUAAUCUUGUGUCACUCAUUCGGGGGCAUCAUUGCGCGAGAAUUCGCGGAGCUCCUUCACGACGAACACAGAUCUGAUGUGGUGGGGAUGGUCUUUGUGGAGGCCAAUCAAGAGAAGAGUAUAGCUCUGUGGCCAGAGUACAAUCUGAUUGAUAUGGCUAAAGGGCUGGAUUGGUUUAAGGAGAUGGGUCUUCAUCAGGCUGGUAUUUUGACGGACGAGGAUUGGAAGGGCGUGCAAGAUGAAAACGAGAAUGAACUCCAUGGGCAGACGGUCCAACGGGAGAUGGAAAACUACGCAAGGAGCUGUGAGACUUUAGGAAUCAAGAACCAGCUAGUCCGCAGUCCCCCUGUGUUGCGGGAUUGCCCCGUCAGUGUCGUGAAGGGCUAUCCUGAAUUGGAACUGCGCAAAGUUUUCAACGCAGCUGUAAGGCUCGGUAGGGGCUCGGAUGAACAGAAGAAGUUAGUUGAGGAGAAGCUGGCGAUUUACCCCUCCUUAAACGACCAAUUCCAACGUGAAACCCUCAAGUUAUCCACGAAGGGUCGGUUUCGGGACGCAAUUGGGUGCGGACAUUCAAUCCACAUGGUUCGCCCUGACAUUAUCACUGAAGAGGUGGAAUGGGUCUUGGAACAAGCGAGGUCAGAUCAGUUUGAAUCGUGA